GACGUGACUCACAGAGGCCCUUCCUGAGCAGUCAGAUAGCAGUCUAGAUGCGGAGUUCCCUCUACCAUAGGAAAGUAAGGGCUCAGCAACUCAUCCAAUGGACUUUAUGACUCCCUUCCAGCCAAGUGUGGGGACCAGAUAGGAUUUGUUGGUGACCUGCAGAUCAGUACCGGAGCCCUCUGCUUUCAUCUCAGUGCACUUGGGUUGGCAAUGGAGUCUUUCUCUGCUGACACCAAUUCAACUGACCCACACUCCCCACACGUGUUUAAACCUCAAGACAUCCUCUCUAUGCUCAUCCUCUGCCUCACUUGUCUAUUGGGACUGCCAGGCAAUGGGCUGGUGCUGUGGGUGGCUGGCCUAAAGAUGAAGCGGACCGUGAACACAGUUUGGUUUCUCCAUCUCACCCUGGCCGAUUUCCUCUGCUGCCUUUCCUUGCCCUUCUCCCUAGCUCACUUGAUUCUCCAGGGCUACUGGCCCUACGGCUUGUUCCUAUGCAAACUUAUCCCAUCCAUCAUCGUCCUUAAUAUGUUUGCCAGUGUCUUCUUGCUUACUGCCAUUAGCCUGGACCGCUGUCUGAUGGUACACAAGCCAAUCUGGUGCCAGAAUCAUCGGAAUGUGAGAACAGCCUUAACCAUUUGUGGAUGUGUUUGGGCAGUGGCCUUUGUGAUGUGUGUACCAGUAUUUGUAUACCGUGAUCUAUUCACUAUAAACAAUCACAGUGUAUGUGGCUAUAACUUUGAUUCCCAUAGGGAUUUUGAUUAUUGGGACUACAAUGGGGAUCUACCAGAAAGUAAUUCUACUGACAACUCCACUGUUCAGCUAACAGGACAAAUAGAUGACAGGUCAGAUCCUUCCUCUUCCCAAAUAAGUGAUCACCUUCAGACAGCUGUCACUGCCCUCCAGUCACAGACACUCCAAGGAUCUUCUGAAGAUUCCUUCCCUCUAGACUCAGCAAGACUGUCUAGACAACAAUCCCAUUACAGUGUAAAACCUCCCAGUGUGCUCAUGCCUGCCAUACCCACUGGGUUUCCUGUUGAAGAUCACAGAGCCAGCACACAUAGGGCCCAUGAUUUUCUCUCUGCUCCUAUAGAGCCUUUUGCUACUGCUUCUAGCAACUACAUAUCCCACCCUGAGCAUUCACAAGAUUUCCAGGAUGAUUAUUCCGCCCAGUUCAUGUAUCAUGAGCAAACACCUAUGGUGGCAAUAACCAUCACGAGGUUGGUGGUGGGCUUCCUGGUGCCCCUUUUUAUCAUGACGGCUUGUUACAGCCUCAUUGUCUUCCGAAUGAGAAAAGCCAACUUCACCAAGUCUCGGAGCAAAACCUUUCGGGUGGCCUUGGUGGUGGUGACUGUCUUUUUUGUCUGCUGGACUCCAUACCAUAUUGUUGGAGUCCUUUUAUUGAUUGCUGACUCAGAAACUCCUUUGAGGGAAGCUGCGUUAUCCUGGGACCACAUGUCCAUUGCUUUAGCAUCUGCCAAUAGUUGCUUCAACCCCUUCCUUUAUGCCCUUUUGGGAAAAGACUUUAGGAAGAAAGCAAAACAGUCCAUAAAAGGCAUUCUGGAGGCAGCCUUCAGUGAAGAGCUCACACACUCUACCAACUAUACCCAGGACAAAGCCUCUUCAAAAGGAAACAAUUUGAGUACAGAUGUGUGAAGAUGCGGAGCUGGGGACCUAACCAGCUGUUCUCAGGCCAAUACUGGUGAAGGAGAACAUGUGAGCAGGACACUUUAGUCAAUCUGGUGGCUAUCAGAGAGAGGUCUCUGACUAUUGACAUCAGCAUCAUCUGGAAACAUCAAAGAUGCAAAAUUUCAAGUCCCAGGUUUGUUGACUCUGAAUCUCCGACCCACAGGGACCAGCAUUUUAACAGGUCAAAUGACUGAGAAACUGAGCAUUAAUCAGAAACAAUAGGGCCUGUUAAAGCACUGUCCCUAACUAAGCCGUGAGUGAUAAAUAACUUUCUCAUCUGUUUUCAAUACUAAUCUUUUUUCCUUAGCGCCAUCUAAAUCAUCUUUCAGUUUGCAGGGAAGGCUGCUUUUAUUGUCCUGAAAGAUAUUCACUUAUUGUAGAGCUUCAUGAUGGUGGUGGUGGUUUUAAGUGAGGAAAAAGAAAAGAUACAAAAAAGAUAAGGCCUGCGAAAGCAAGUAGUGAUGAGUUAGAGACUGGAACAGAAUGCAGGCCAAAUGCCUGUUACUGAAAGCGUCUUCAGAUAAUCCCGGGUGCCCACGAUCACCCCCAAAUGAGUACAGAUACACAUGAACCCCUACUCAGGGGGUGUUUUGGAAGCUGUGGUUUGGAGCGCUCUCCCCUAUGCAUUCUGCUUGCUCAUAGAACCAUCUGUCCCUUUUCUUUUUCUUUUCUUUUCUUUUUUUCUUUUUCCUUUGGUUUUUCAAGAUGGGGUUUCUCUGUGUAGCCCAGGCUCUCCUGAAACUCACUCUGUAGACCAGGCUGGCAUCGAACUCAGAGAUCCACCAUCUCCUGCUGGGGUAGCACCAUGCCUGGCCGCCUUCUUAGUCUUCCACAUUAGACUUUGUGCCUCACAUAGAAUAAAGCAGUAUUCUAAAGAUGCCUUUCCCUCACCCCAAUGGCAUGAAGAAAAGUGGAACUGCCAUUCCUCAACUCACUCCCAGGUCACUGCACCCUGGUGGCAAUACCAUCAAAAUACUUGAAACACGAGUCUAGGUAUCAUGAAUGCCAAAAGUGCCAGGCACAUUCUCUUUGGGCUUUUCCAAAUUAACGUUUAACUGGAUCGUGGUAUUUUAAAGUGAUAUAUACACCCUAUUUUAAAGGAACUAAUGAAUAAUGAAAUAAUUAUGAAAUACAAGAGGCCUCUUUCUCCAAUGCCCAGUAGUUCCUGUCUCUCUCUUGCUUCAAGAAAGCACUUUUGCAAGAAUGUUAGCUGUUUGUUUUGACAUUUACCAUGAUGUACCUAAAUCAUAUGCUUACACUGCUGUUUUUCAUAGGUAGGAUAAAAGUGGUUGUUUUGGAAGAUGAA